AGCAGCAUUAAGGUCUCCUCACUUUGGUUUGCAAACUGCCUACUGCUUGGAGGUCACUCCAAAAAAGAAAAAGUCCCAGCGGAGCUCAUGGUCUUCCAGCUCAAUAUUUGAUCAGGAGGCUGGGCAGGCACCAGCCUUGGCAAAUUGAAACUUGCACAUACACAUGCUUUUUAACACACAGGAGGAUCACACAGGCGAACACUGAAGCUCAGGGGGGAAAGGUCUUUAAAGCCUGGGUUGGUUCAAGAUUUGUGGCAAGAUGCACUGGGCUUCUGUUCUCCUUGUGGCCAGCCUCUGCAGAGUGUCCAUGAGCCAGUAUGAAGACUAUGAGGACAUGUUCUGGCUACAAGCUUACCUACGCAGCCAGUCCUCCUCCUACAACUAUUCACCAUAUUAUGGAGAUGAGGUUCCUGCAUAUUCCUAUAUUCCAGCUGAAUCUCCUGAUGGGGAGCCUGUCCCUGAACCCCCUGUUUCUAGGGAAUGCCCUCAUGAGUGUGAAUGCCCUCCCAACUUUUCAUCUGCUUUGUACUGUGACACUCGCAAUCUCAAGUAUAUUCCUUUUGUGCCUUCCCGGAUGAAAUAUGCAUAUUUCCAGAACAACCAAAUUACAACUAUCCAAGAGGGAGCUUUUGACAAUGCGACAAGCCUGGAGUGGAUUGCACUGCAUGGCAACCAAAUCACCAGUGAAAAGAUGGGCAAAAGAGUCUUUGCAAAGCUCAAAAAUCUAGAGAGGUUAUAUCUUGACCAUAACAACCUGACCAAGAUGCCUACCCCCUUGCCACGGUCCCUGAGAGAGCUUCACCUGGGUUACAAUCAGAUCUCCAGGGUUCCCUCCAAUGCUCUUGAGGGCUUAGAAAAUCUCACUGCCUUAUAUCUUGGCCACAAUCAGAUCCUUGAAAUUGGAUCAAACCUCAGAGGAUUAAAGUCUCUAAUUGUAGUGGACCUGAGCUACAACCAAUUGAGGAGAGUUCCUGAUGGCCUUCCCAGCUCUUUGGAGCAACUUUAUUUGGACCAUAAUCAAAUAUACAGUGUCUCUGAGGAUUUCUUCAAGGCCUCCCCCAGGCUGCACUACGUACGGAUGUCCCACAAUAGUCUGACAAAUGAUGGGCUUGCCUCUAAUGCUUUCAAUACCAGCAGCCUCCUAGAAUUGGAUCUCUCUUACAACAGGCUUCAGAAGAUACCAAAGGUCAGCACGAGCCUUGAAAAUUUCUAUCUCCAGGGGAACAGAAUAAAUGAAUUCACCAUCAGCAGUUUCUGCACCAUGGUAGACAUCAUGAACUUUUCCAGGCUACAAGUCCUGAGGCUGGAAGGGAAUGAGAUCCGCCGGAGUGCCAUGCCCUCAGAUGCCCCGCUCUGCCUAAGAUGGGCUAGUGUCAUAGAGAUCUAACCACUGCUUUUGCUCCUAUUCUUAAACUAUACCUUCAGAACAAGGCCCAAUCCUUUUCUGUGAUUACACAGGAGCAGAGACUGGCAUUCUCUGUUUUAAGCACAGCUUCAUUUGAUUUGGCUUCUGUGAUUAUAUAAUUUGGAAGGAGCUGCUAACUUGACCCAAGAGAUGCUGUUCAUUGUUCCCAAUCAGAUGACAACAAACAUGCCCACCACUUUCCCACCUUCUCUCGGUCUCCCUCCUUCUGAGCUUUCAGCAGCCAAUCAGUUAUUUUGACUUCAUAACACUCCAUCUCUCUCCAGUUGGGUGGGUGGCGGACAAGCUUUUGUUUCGCUUCGUGCGCAUCGCUUUAGAAGGUUUAGUGCCAGCUGGGACGCCUUUGAGAUUUGUUUUCUAUGUAGGAGGGUAGCUAUGAAAAAGGGAGAGUGCGUGUGGAGGGGGUGGAUGAGAUUGAAUCCAAACAUAAUGAAAACAGAUUAAACAGUUGGCCACACAGCAAGGAGCAAUUACAGAUAGAGAAUGGGGGAAUGGGAAAAGAGAGAGAAAAUUACUGAUAGAAGCCAGCUCUUCAAGUGGUUUUCAGAAGAUGAAUAUAGCUCCCCUGGUAUCAAUUUGCAGACUAAGGAGCAUCCCCAUAACAUUUUAUUUCUCUUUCUCUCUUUCUCUCUCUGUCUUUAGUUUGUCACAAGGUACAUGAGAGAACAUCAAAGCCCUAAUCCCUUACAAACAUAUGCAAUACCAUAUUAAUGUAAUACAGAUCCUUCAUAUCAAAUCUAUCAAGUUAUCGUAUCAUAGUAAAUUCAUAUCUCAUAUAACAGGCUCAGAACUUAUUCCCCAGAAAGACAUUUCCAUUUCUAAAUACUUUCAUGGCUUCAAAUACUUCCAUGCCUCUCUCUCCAUUUUAGUCUGCUCCAAACUAUGCACAGCUACAUUUUCAUUGUUGGCCUUUUUUCUUCUAAUUUGAGCAUGAGAAAGAUUAAAAAGCACAUAAAGAGCCUUUGUUUCAGGCUGUUGCAUAGAGAGAGCUAAAAUAUGCAAUACGACCAAUUAGCAACAGAAUCUCAUGUAGAAAUUAUGACAUUCAGGCAAAUCCACCACAUCCAUAGGAAAUCUUCUCUAUCACAUCUGUCCAAAAAAGACUCCCUUUCCUUUUUACGGAUGAAAGGGAAUUUUUAUAGAGGCAUAUGUCUCUGAUGGUAUUGGGCUGCACUUGGGAUUUCUGAUACACAGCAUCUAUAAACUCUUCCAACCAAGAUAGAAGCUCUCUCUGAUAGCAGGAAAGAGAUUCUUGUACCUCCAACUACAGACAUUCAGAAUAUUAGCCAGUGCUUGCAGACUACGUAUUUCACAGUUCCUUUCAUGCACUGCUUGCCAUACAUAAAGAAUUCUGCUUUUAUGGAAACAACCAUACAGUGCAAUGCAAGCCAAGCUGGCUUUAAAAUGCCUGGCAGAGCUCACCAUCACCCAGUCUGGGAGAUAACUUGCCGUACUGGCAUAUCAUGAGAAACUUGGGAUUUCAUGCAGUGCUGCUUGGUAUGUGCAUAUUCAGGGCACAGUAAUUCAAUAAGAGUUACAUCCCCAAUUCAUUUUUACAGCAGAGUUCCAUUCUAACUUCCCGUGUUUUAACUGCUUAUUUUGUAACUUGUUUGCUUGACUGUGGAAUUUGUUUUGACUGAAUUUCAUACAAGUCACAGCUCAAAAUGCUGCUGUAAGAAUGUAUGAUGCUUUUAAACUUGAAGCCCUCAUCUCUCCCUCUUAUUAAAUCUUUUUUCCCAUAUGAUACCAACUCGGUAUCAUCAGGAGAGUCUCCGGAUGAGACCCUGAAGGGAGAGGAGCAGAUGGAGAAUGAGGAGAAAGUAAGCUUUAGGCGGAUCCUAAGAAAUGCUGCCGCCAAAACUUUUUGUAUUCAAAGUGCAUGCUGACAAUAUAAAAGAAAUGUGUAGAAGCAUUAACUGUAGGUGUAAUUACUGAUCAAUAAAGCCCGUUUUGUGAUUGCA